CUCUCUCGUUUCGUUCGCUCACGCUAUCUCUCCUCACCAUUUUUGCUCCUGCCGAGAGCUCACCGAGCUCCGACCUCCGAAAGGCGCAAGCCCAGUCGACAUGCCGAAGAACACAUGCAAGCUCUGCUCCCGCCGCUUCGCCAGUCCCCGCGCCCUCGCCGGGCACAUGCGCUCCCAUUCCAUCGCCAAAGCUCAGGCGGAGGCGGCGGAGGCGGCGAAGCGGCAGAUCUCUUCGGCGUCCUCCGCGUCGACCUCCUUCGCCGCCGCCGACGACGAGGACGUCGGCUUGAAGAUGCCCGCUUCCACCCACGGGCUCCAGGAGAAUCCGAAGCGCAGCCUUCGGUUGGCCGAUGCCGGUUUAUCGGAUCGCGAGAGCGAGUCCGAGUCCACCUCGCCGCACGCCAAGCGCGUGAACGCCGCUUCCAUCUGGGGCGAGCCCGAACCGACGAGCUCGCUGUCAGAGGUCGCGACACCGGAGGACGUGGCGCUAUCCCUUAUGAUGCUGUCGCGCGACUCCUGGCCGUCGUCGCCUGUAGUCGCCGAGGACGACGACUCCGACGACGGCUACACGCCGCCCGCGCCACUCCCACGGGCCCCGGCCCCGGCGCCGCCGCCGGUGGAGAAGCGGACGCAGUUCCAGUGUGUCGCGUGCAAGAAGGUGUUCCGCUCCUACCAGGCGCUCGGCGGCCACCGCGCCAGCAACGUGCGCGGCGGCAGGGGCGGCUGCUGCGCGCCUCCCGUGGCUCCCGCUCCUCCCCUGCAGCCCCAGCCCCAGCCCCAGCCGCCGCUGUCGCCAUUGCCGGAGCACCAUGACGGGGACGGGGACGAGGACGAGGACAUGGAUGCAAAGCAGCAGCACAAGCGGUCCCAUGUGAGUGGCGCGGCGGCCGCGGCGUCGGUUGCAGGCACCAGCACGGCCUCCAUCUCAGCCGCCACCACUCCCCCGUCCCCGAUCAACAGCACCUGCAUGAUCGAUCUGAACGUGGCGCCCCCGCCCGAGGAGAUGGAGCUCUCUACCGUCUCAGAUCUCCACUUCAAUCCAGGUGCUUGAAGGAGCUGAAGCACGCAGAUUAGCGCCGUCGUCAGGUAUUCGAGAUAAGCAUCGUCAGGGAGCGAGAUAAAAUCCACCAAGGUAAAAAAAAAAACGAAAAAAAGGGGAGGUGAAGAAGAGAAGCACCUUUUGUAGGAUAUAUAUAAUGGGUAGUUUGGUCAUCGUCUUUCUAUUCCAUUGGUUUGUGAUUACAAUGUUCUGUCGUUGCUGUUAAUUUCGUUUUCUGCUUGGAUCGA